GGUCCUGAGUUAAACCCACUCCUGCUGUCACUCCUGCUGUCAUUCACUUCCGGAUGCUUCUGCUGUUUGGGGCAGUGUAUUCUGGGAUGUAUUAUGUGUCCCUAAUGGCACCCUAUUCCCUAUAUAGUGCACUACUUAGUACACAAGGUUGGGAAUAGGGUGUCAUUUGGGACGCAUAAAUUACCUCUUUAUACUGCUGAGUAGAGGUGGAAUGCAGAGGAAUGGAUGGAGGGGUGUAUACAUAGAGCUAAGAGUCUCCUAAUGAGGACUACAGCUGUGUAAUAAUCACAGUGGCAUUUCCCCUCCAUACUCCCUCCCUCAGACGGUGGCUAGGUAGGUAUAGGCCUGGGAGGGAGCCUGCUGCCUGCCAUCGUCUGGGAUGGAAAAUAUCAUGGUAAUGGGUUAACGGGAGUAGGCAGACUGGCUAAGGUCAAAUGAUCUCUUCUCUUCCAGUAAUAUUUCCCCCUUUUUUUAAAUGAAUGUAGUCUUUCUCUCCUAAAAUGAGGGGUUGGAAUGGAGGAGGCAGUUUGGUAGAGUCGGAUAGGGGGGGAGUGGGAGUGGGUAGGAAAAUGUAUCUUUUCUGUUAAUCCCUCUGGUAAUCGUUCCUGUUGGGGCAGGUCUGCCACUAUGGGGUGCUUUCCCCUCUGUUGUCACAGUGUGUGGAUAUAUAGAUAGAGGAUUACUUCAAGGAUAGGUUGUGACUGUUGUUGGGAUACCAGCGCUGUGUGUGUUCCAUCUCUACAAAUGGAGGGGGCGGUUCACACAGUCUUAUCUGUGUGUUGCAGUCGGCCAUACUUCAUGCGGUCAUUUGAAAGGCGGCACCUUCCUCUCAGCUGCAAGGCUAAAGGAUGGGGAUGCAGGUCCUCGCCAUCUUUCCGUUUAUACUGUGCUCUGAGUGACGCCGUCGAAACACCAAAAAAAGCCACCAUCGAACGAACACCAAUGACAAAUCAAACCUCAAAACUCUUGGCUGUCUAAAUGAUAUAUUGAACCAAUUAAAGGGGACCAACAAUAUCUUCACCUGCAAAUUUCAGACAGACAUUUAAAUAUGCCGUGAUAAAGAAUAUUGGCUUACUACUGUCUUUUAUCAUUACUACUCAUUUGCUGAGCGGACAUUAGCUCUGCGGCUGUUCAUCUGAAUCAAUGACCUUCAGGUUAUACUAGUCCAGUUGUUUAACCACUCUCACAGCACAUUGCUGCUCAGUUUUGCAGUAUUUCUCUCAGUUCACCACUUAGUUCUCCUUAGAGGUACUGUAGCUCACAGGCAACAAGAAUGUGUGGCUGCCAUGUCUCUACUGGACACUGAAAAGGAUGGAAUUGUAUGUUGUGUUGCUAAGGAGAUGGUAGGAGGACGGAGGAGGUGCGAAUCACUGAGCUGCUUAGCCUAUUGUUUUGUUAGGUGUUUUUUCCAUCUCUUUUGUGCCCAGAAAACAUUGAGAAGAGACUGACGCACCACGGCACACUGUCCGAGACACACAAAAGCACAGCCCACUGAAGCCUGCACUGAGGAAUUAUCUGCUGUCAGGACCUGAGGCUGCACGGGGGCGAUAGGGAGAGACGGAGCCAGGGAACCAGGCUCGGGCCACCACAGGGUGACGGUGCCGCUGUGCCAGAGAGGAGGGGACUCGCAACUCGGCGAUGGCGUCCUCCACCAUGCAGAUCCUCGCCUUUGCCCUGGCGCUGCUGGGCGUCCUGGGCGCCACCGUGGCCACGCUGCUGCCCAACUGGAAGGUGAGUGCCGACGUGGGCUCCAACAUCAUGACUGCCAUCUCCCAGAUGCAGGGGCUGUGGAUGGACUGCACCUGGUACAGCACCGGCGUGUUCAGCUGCACCUUGAAGUACUCCGUGCUGUCGCUGCCCGCCUACCUGCAGACCGCCAGGACGACAAUGGUUCUGUCGUGCAUGAUGGGUUGCCUGGGCCUCUGUCUUGCCGCCCUAGGGCUGAAGUGCACCCGCUGGGGGGGCAGUCACCGGGCAAAGGGGCACGCGGCCAUUGCCGCGGGUGGUUGCUUAAUCCUGGCUGGCAUUCUCUGCUUGGUGCCUGCUUCCUGGUUCACCAACGAGGUCAUCACCACCUUCCUGGACUCCAACGUGCCCGAGAGCAGUAAAUACGAGCCUGGGGGGGCCGUGUACGUGACCUUUGUCUCUGCCGGCUUCCUGCUUGCUGGGGGGGUCAUAUUUUGUUUGUCGUGUCCCGGAAAAAGAGACUACACCUCGACCUCCACCUCUACCACCUUUCCUGACAAACUACUGCAGCAGCAGAUAAACCAAGAGCAACUACAGCGCGACCUGAUACAGUGUGACCUGAUGCAGCGCGAUCAACAGCAACGGGAGCAGAAGGACUUUAAACAGCAGACGUCGCCUAAUGAGCAGUCGAGCCAAGAGCAGCUACAGUGGGUUGACAAAGGGUCCCAGGGUAAGGUCCAAGCAGCUGACGACAUCCAGCAGGAGAAGCCUCUACAUGAAGACAAGGGAACGCAGCAGUUCUACUCUCCAUCCAGAGUCCCUCCAAAAGACACCCGGGCUGGUUACAGCCUGCAGGACUAUGUUUAAUAUGUUUUAUCCCUAAACCCUACUCUUGUAAGUGGGGUGGGGGGAGAAUCCUGAGGACAUUCUACUGGCUGCCUUGUGAAGGGGAGAGAGUGGAGAAAGAGGGGGAGGAAGGAUGGGAGGAGGAGGGAGAGAGUGGAGGGGAGAAAGAGAGGGAGGGACGAUGGGAGGAGGAGGGAGAGAGUGGAGGGGAGAAAGAGAGGGAGGGAGGGAGGAGGCUAAUGACGUUGACAGCCUUAUCGCCACCUCUCAUCUGUUCUCUCUCGCUACUGCGAGCACAAGCAGUAAAGGUAUUCCCAAACUAUUGGAGAAAGACAGCUUGUGGAUCCAGAUUCCUGGGGCAAAUGCCUCCUUGACUGCUGCUGUGGUGGGCGGAAAGACACAAGGGUAAGGUAGAGUAGAGGUGCCAUAAAAAUGCACAAACACAGCGCAAGUACUGUCAAUCCUGUGACAAGUUCCUUUUAAAGCUGAUGCGGAGGCUUUUCCAUACCAAAGGUUUCAAUGAGAAAAAAAGUGCUGAUGAUAACUAGCUGCUAAUAAUAAGCCAUCAGAACGAUUGCAUAGUAAGAUAGCGUCGAUAUGUCUGGAAAAAGCCAUUCUUUGCUAUCUUGUGUCCUUUUAGAACCCAUUUGCCUUGCGAGACAAAAAAUAAUCAUCAAUUAUAUUUUCCAAAGCUAAACGGACUGAUUGAUAUUGAGUCUUCUUUGCAUGCUAAUUAUCUGUAGCUUGUUAAAUAAUUCGGUGGAAUGCAGAGUAGUUACUGAAACAUAGUUACCAAAUCUUGUGCCUAAAAGAAUGUGUAGAACUUCAACUGUCUGUAAAGGAGACUUAGAGAAGAUUAACAAAGUGAAAAGGGAGUUCAGUUUCCCACCAACACCAUACACAAUCAUCCAGUCCAUUUUUUCCUGUGAGCUGUGGAGGGGAAUAAGGUGCAUGGCAGCGCAGGCUGUCAGAGAUAAUGAUCCUCUUUGCUUUCCCAUUAUCCCCUCGCUACGGCUGGAUGCACACUACUCAUUUACUGCCCCCCCCCCCCCCGCACACACACACACACCCUCGUCCUUCCUCUCCCUCUCUAGCUGCGAGGGUAAUAGGGUCUUGUACCCAAUCAUCUUUACGGCGUGUGUCCGUGUGUCAUUGCUGCAGGAGGCACAGCGGUAGGAGUCUGUUCUGUGGCCAGAGGUUAGCUGUCACAAGCUGCUGUCCCCUCGUGUUGACGGAGGGUAAUAGAGGCUACGUCCCAAAUGGUACCUUAUUCCCCAUUUAGGGCACUUCUUUUGACCAAGGCCCUUAGGGCACUACAUAGGGAAGGAAGGGUUCCACAAAAAGUGGUGAUUUUAUUUGGCUCCCCAAGUAUUCUGAGAAAAAAAAUAUAAAUCAUUUCAUAGUUGGAAAUAAAGAUGGUAAAAUCAUCAGAAAAUCAGAAAAUAAUUCCCUGCAUUCCCACACAUACUGGGCACAAUGGAAAAACAAUGUCAGAUUUUGGGUUUAGUUGUCAUCUAAAUGCAAUAUAGUAUCAUUGAUGACACAGUGCAUUCGGAAAGUAUUCAGACCCCUUUACUUUUUCCACAUUACAGCCUUAUUCUAAAAUGUAUUCAAUUAUUUUUU